AACAGUCUGCUUUCAGUUGUUUGCUCCUCCACCAUAUUAGGACUUGUUCCUGGGGUCAGGGUUGCAGCUCCUCAGCCUGCAGUUCUGUCUUCAGUUUGAGGAAGAUGUCUGCAGGACUGCUGCUUCUGCUCUGUGCUGCAGCUGUGCUGCGUCCCGCCGGCGCUCGCAGCCCCUACGACGAGCUGCCAGAUGCCUACAGGCCUGGAGUGGAUCUGGUGUUGGAGCAGCUCAGCUCGCAUGCCAGCGUGCAACACCAUUUCGUCUUCCUGAGGAGUCUGGAGAAGAUGGAGAUCGAGGGGAGUUUUGGGGUGAAAUACCUCAACCAUCACUUCUACCUGAAACCCACCAAAUGUGCCAAAGGGGCUUCAAAGGAGCAACACUGCCCCUACAGGAAUGACAGGCCGCUCAUGGAUUGUUUAAUCUGCUACAAAACCAUCUCUGGACGGAUGGAUUCAAACCCCAGACCUUACGUCCACUGCAUGCAGAAACCCAGGAUCACCCAGGAAAUGAAAGCGACCCGGUUGGCAGAAUGCAAAAAAAUAAGCUACAAUCCCGGAGCUCCCACCAUCCUGGCUUUGUCAACUGGUUAAAAAGCAGCUGAGGACAAAUGCUUCUGUGUAGCAACAGUAUGUCUUUAUUACUCACAUUUUAUUCUGUGUCUACUUUUGGUAAAUUCAUUAAAAAUGAUAGGAAGUCGGCUUUUCUCUGCUUUUUUAAACAUUUGAUCUGCUUUUGAAAUUCGCCACAUUUUGGACAAAAUUUAUCAAAAGAGAAGAAAAAUACAAUGUUUUUGCUUUAUUUAAAAAAAAUCUACACAGUAAAUUAUUUAAAAAAAAUUAAAGGCUUGAAAAUCUCCAUUUCAGCCUGAGUUAUGAUUCAUUUUAGGGGAACGAGUGAGAAUUUAACGAUUUUCCAGUGGUUCACACUUUCACCAGAGGCAGACAAAUGAUUCAUUAGAUCAUUUUGCCAGUCCUUCAGGAAAUCUAAAUUAAAACUUGAAAUAAACUGAAAUGAGUUGUAAUGACAGCAGCAAAGAUUGUUUCUAUUUUGCCUGAUUUUUGUCUCCAAAGUAAAAGCCGAGCUGAAUUUCUUGCACUCUGCUGCCCUCUUGGGUUCAUCUUCUGAAUUACUGUUUUUUGCUUUCUUAUGUAAAGUUCUGUUACUCCAAUUUUAUAUAAAAAAAAAACCUGAAACCAUAUAAUUCUUCAGCCAAUAAACACCAAAUAAAAGCA